AUGACAGUAAUAAGACUGAUCAAAGACCACCAGCUCGGAUAUGGCUUUUCCUUCUCUAGAAAUUUUAAUUCUAGCGAUAAUAAGGCCAUCAUUGCUAAAAUAAAGUCAAACGGACCGGCUGAAAAAGCAGGACUAUCGAUCGGCGAUGAGAUUACGGAAGUUAAUAGAAUUUCUGUCAAACAACUGUCUUAUCCUGAAAUCGUUGAACUCAUCAAAGAGUCUCCGUCUUUUCUCUUGUUGAAAAUUGCUGAAAAGGUUCCUGAAUAUACAAACAGUAAUGAGGCACCUCUUCCUCGACUUAUUGUUCUAUCACAAGAAGCUCUCAAAUCAUUCCACUUCGGUUUCUACGAGCAAGGGCUGAUCAUCUCUUUUAUACAAGAAAAUGGCCCUGCAGAAGAAGCAGGACUGAAGUUAGACGAUCGAAUAAUUGAAAUCAACAAUAUCAAUGUCGAAAAUAUGCGCCCACAAUUUGUACUCGAUUUGCUGCAUGGAGAUGAAGAGAAAAUAGAAAUUUUAGUGGUGAACAAAGAAUAUGAUUCAUACUGGAAAAACUACAGAGCAGAACAAGGAACGAUAACGAAAUUUUGA